ACGUGGGUGGAAAUGGACGGCAACAUCCCCAGUGGGGAGAGCUUCGUACGCCAGUUCUUGCACGGCCAAGGAUUCUUCAAGAAGGAGCUCGGCGUGACCUGCAAGGAGUUCUGGCUGCCCGACACCUUCGGUUACUCCCCCCAGAUCCCCGGCCUCAUGAGGCAUAUGGGGCUGUCGCGGUUCCUGACGCAGAAGAUGAGCUGGAGCUUCGUUAACAAGUUCCCCCACCACAACUUCACCUGGCGGGGCAUCGACGGGUCUGAGGUCCUCGCGCACUUUCCUCCGGGGGAGAGCUACCACAUGGACUGCACGUGAGUUGCUCAGGUUUAGCCUUCUAUGAUUGAUAAUUGUUGGCCUGUAUUAAUAAGAAUGUAAAGGGAUCAUGAGAACAAAUUGACGCAAGUGAUCCAAGAGAAGCUGGAAAUAUUCCAAUUAGGAUUUAGAAUUUUUUCAGGCAUUGGGUCGAACACUAACACACUUAAACAACUGAGCCUCAUCAAGGGCUGUGAGUUAAAAAAGAUUUUUCCUAGAAAUUCACUUAAUAUAAGAACAGGAAAUUUGAAAAUUGAAUGAAGGCCGAGUGAUUAGUA